AGACUCACACCGAGCGACAGAGGAAGAAACACACACACUCAGCCGGAGAAGAGAGACAGAGAGACUCGGGUUCAGGAGUUUUUAUUUCUCAAACUAAAGAUGCCUCUGAGGGAAGAACUGCUCAAGUCCAUCUGGCACGCGUUCACGGCUCUGGAUGUGGAUAAAAGUGGGAAAGUGUCCAAAUCUCAGCUCAAGGUAAACUUCACUUCACUCACAGUUUAUUAUCAGACUGAGCUGGAAUUGAUCCAAGCAGGAAACACCAACAAUACAACCCAGGCUCAAACUUUUAGCGUCCUCAGGUGUGUAAAAGUGUUCAUGUUCAGCUGCAGACACACCUGCUCACAGUUGGACAGACUGACUGGAGUUAAACUUUACUUCUGAAUGAUAAACACAAAAAUAAACAGCAAACAUGUAGCCUUUUAGGUUAAAUCAAGACUUUAAAGUAAACCUGAAGUCGUUUUAAUUUCAUUUACUCUGAGUUUGAAUAAGACUGUGGAAGAGAAAAUGUUAAAAAUAGGUUUCCUUGUUAGAGUAAAAGCAGCAAAACCACUCUACAAAACAGCUCUGCUACAUUAAAAGUCCUUCACUGAAAAUGUAAAGAGAUAUAGCCAGAAACAUGUCUUUAAAAUGAGAGUACAUAAUGUCCCGGAUCAUCGUUUCACAGCUUGGUUCUCAUGAUAAAUCAUCAUAAAACUUUGAUCCAGUUUAAUGUUUUUACCACCUGAUGUUUGAAGUGCUAUCAGGAAAAUAUGAUCAUAGAUAUAUGAACGUAGACGGUGGAAGACAAAGCAGAACAAUGCCUCAGUUUCUGCUACAGUGACAAAGUUUCCAGUGCAGCAAAACAAUAGGUUAACCAUACUUGUUUUAACACUAUUUCUUCAUUUAUAAAGACAUUUUUUUUACCCCUUUUCUGCUCCUUUUACUUUUUCUAUUCAGUUAUUAAUUAAAAGAGUAAACUAAUGUGCAUUAAUUAAAGUGGUUAGACUUUGUAUUGAUCUAAGAUCUGGAUUUUAAAGCUCCUGUAAGGAACUUAUGAUUUGUCUCAAUUCUGGCGCCCCCUGUGGACAAAGAGGUAUUAGCUUAACUUAAUUCCCACCCCCCUAGGUUUCAAGCAUUAAAAUCAUAGAAAUAAAAUCACUGAUCAUACUGCUGACGGCCUUGUUUGCUUUUCGAUAUCAUCAAAAGAUGUCAGUAUGCCAUUAGUCGAGGCCAUUGGAGCCAUAGACAUAAUAUACGUAGAUGCCUCAAAGCCUGACGCUGCUUAUUAGAGCUCUCGUAUCAAUGCGGCCGCCAUCUUGGAUGGGUACCCCGUGCGCCUCCAGUGCAUUACAUAGGUAGGAAUGUCCAACCAUAUUGAUAAUAACUCUGAAUCUCUGUCCGAUUUUCACACUGUUUGGUUUGUUACAGCGGCAGGGAUGUAGCCAUAAUACAGGACAAGGUCACACAUUCAAAAUAAAACAAAUUAUUUUUCAAUCCUUUUUGUGAAAUGUAAUCCUACGUGAUCUGGUUUCAAUACUGCGUUGGGUUUUUCAACCAUAGAGUGCAAAAGAAUGGGCAUAGUUGCUGGUUCUACAUCGACCCCGUUCGGCUCUUGAGCGAGCCUGGAGUGGGAAGACCCAUCCAAUAUGGCGGUGACGCUGGAUUACGCUCCAGCACGUAACGAGGCGUCUACGUACAUAAUGUCUGUGAUUGGAGCAUUAAAGAGAUGCCUCUGUUUUUGUUACCCUGCUGUGUCCAGUGCUUGUCUCUGAUUGGUCAAACCCCCAUAAUAACAGUAACAAACUCUAACUAGUGGAUUGAUGAUGAUGCUUCGGAUAAUCAAACCAAACCAUAGAUAGGAGUUCCAGCAUGUUUCACCUCUUCCUGUUGAGACUGUGGCAAAACGUGACUUCUGUUAGUACUCUGAAUCAGUGGGCCAGACGACCUGGACAAGUACAAUAUUUCCAUCUGAAUGAAUAAAGACAUUAAAGGUCAGGAAUGAAGUUUAUCCAACCGUCUCCAUUAGAUGAUCAUUAUCAUGCUAAAAUUAACCGGGAUUGUUUUUUCUCUGAGGUAAAGUAGGUCAGUGUUAGAAGAAUCUGGAGCCAGAGUAACUUUCUUAUUACGUCUUUCAACAUGUAAGAAUGUGGCACACCUACAUUACUCCAGCGGUGCGUCAGCCAAUCACAGCUCAGCAUUUCAGGAGACGAACUCGACAGAAAAGGUCAGGAUGUAGGUCAGCAGAUCGAGGAUCGAGAGGUUUCUUUAUGACCUACAGAUGGCUAAAAGUCCAUGUUUGGAUCAGUCUGUCUGUGUUUGUGUCCCUUUGUUAACUAUAGUAAGAGUUUAAUUUGUUUUAAAGCUUCUUGUGUUUAUUGAGUGUAUUUUAGGCGUUUUGAGAGGAUGUCACAGGAGACUGGGAGACGAGAGUGAGGAAUAACGUCUCCCAAAGGGCUCCCCGUUUGCUCUGUAACUGGCACUUUAACCCAAUGGUUUCUUACUUUUUUUAAGCUUUUUUUUUCUUUAUUGAUCGCACAAAUAAAUAAGAGACAGAAUAUGUAGAUAGAGAGUCAAAUCAGCAGCCAAUGUGAUGAGGACCUCAUCCUUUGUGCUCAUGGUGAACUCUCAGACCACGAGUAAAACACCUGUGGGCUGGGCGAGGUUUUCUUCCUUACUGGCCUCUAUGUACUUUAUCAUUAUAAGAGAACUUAGAAAAACAGAUUAUAAUAGAAUUAGAAAUCCAAACAGAAAUGAAGUUUUAGUUUAGUUUAUAAAAGCCUCUUUGACAUGUGCAGCUUUAAAAAUACAAUUAUGACGAGUUUGGGAAUGUAGCAAAGCAACAAAGAAGUCAAUCACCAUUUUUAAGAUCAAAAUACAGACUAAACAGGCCGCAAUAUGAGAUGUUAUCUGUUGUGUGCACUUGUUUACAUCUGGGUUGUGUCCACCUGAUGAAAAUGAUCAUCACCCUGUUUCCCAUGAUUCCAGGUCCUGUCCCAUAACUUAUGCACAGUGAUGAAGAUCCCACACGACCCUGUGGCUUUGGAGGAGCACUUCAAGGAUGACGACGAGGGUCCCGUUUCCAACCAGGGAUACAUGCCGUACCUGAACAAAUUCAUCCUGGAUAAGGUCGGUCGACUCUGAACUAACUGGGUUAAUUUGUCCAAAACGGAAACAAUAACACUCAGCGGUUGAGGUUUCUUUUAGCCAGAGUGACUCACCGCUCCGGGUUGUGACUCCUCUUCUCUUUAUCUGCAAAGUGAGACAUUAACAAGAACACAAAACACAAGCGUGACCUUGUCCUUUCUUUGCAGCUGUGGGGAGCUUUCCUUGUUGUUUUUGCUCCGGGUUUCACUCCUCAGGGAUGUUUCUGCAGCCUCUGAUUGUUGAAGCUUGUUUGUCGUUAUUUAAUAGAAAAAGGCGAAAACUUAGAGGCUAAAAAUAUCCAGAAAAUCAAACUGUUCUGUAAAAGGGCUUUACACCGACAUGUCACAAGAUUAUUGGAUUAGAAAACACAGAUAUCAGGACAGGUCAGGUGAGAAUAAGGAGGACUCUGAGAGGACAGGACAGUGUGAUGCAGCUGUUUGAACAGACGGUGACAGUCCUCUUAUUGAGUAUGAACGCACUGAGCUGGUGACGCUCUCUCUAUUGUGUCCGUCAGUCGUUGUUCAGUGCUAAGCUCAGGCUGCGACUCACAAAUCCUAAUUAUGAGACGUAGUCGGAUCAUUCAGCUCCCUGUCUGUCGCUCUGUGAUGAUGUCAUGACGGCUUCUCGAGUUAUACCAACUUUAGUAACAACCACACAUAGCAAUACAUAGCGGUCUGAGGAGCCAUAAACAAACCUCAACUGUCCUGAUGAAAUAUGUAAGGUCCCAUUAUGGCUGCUGGAUUCUGAACUGAGAGCUGAAAGUGGACCCAGAGAUGUCAUCAACAUUUCUGGAUCAACUGUAAUCUACUGUUCCCUCUGUGUUUGAUAGUUUUAACCUGCAUUUGUGUUCACAGAAAGUAGCUUUGUUGUUAAUUUUGAGCCCAUGCGGUGAUUCCCACUGCAGAGUCAUCAUGUCUGUUUUUGGUGCUUAAGGACAUGCUUGUUUUUUUGUCUCCUAAUUCCUAGAAAUUAUUGAUGUUAUCAAGAGUUUGUGGAUUUCAUCAUCUCCAGUAUUUACCAGUUUUUGUGGAGAACAUCAUCUUGAACUUGUUGAUUUGCUCACGCAGUCUCUUACAGAGUAGUGAACCACUUCUUACCUUAAUUUCUGAGAGAUUCAGCCUCUCUGGGAUUCCUUAUUUACACCCAGUCAUGCUGCCAACCUUUUGAAAUUGUCCUCAAUAGUUUAGUUUUUCUUAAACAUGUUGCCGGCACUAAAUUAAAAUGAGUGUAGAUCUUUGAAACACAUCAAAAUAUUGUUGUUUUUACCCUAAUUUGAAUAAAAUAUAGGGUUUAAAUUAUAUCUAAACCCUCAAUCAACGUCCUACAUAUGUGGGGUUAAUUGUAUUUUACUGAUAAGUUGGUUCAGCUGCAGUGUUUAAUCUGUAAUGAUGUCUAAAGGGACUGUGCUGCUUUUAUUCUGCUGUGCCAGUGUUUGUUGUAAAUCUGUUGACAAUGAGAACUUCCCUCACAUAGAUCUUAACUUUGCAUUGUUUGAGUUUCCCCUGUUGCUCUUUGUCGGUGGCUCUGAGUUUAGAAAGCGACCCUUUUUCUGACACUGUUGAAAGACUCGGCGACGCCUGAGCAACGCCAGGAUUUCAUUUUAGUUGUAAAAGUUACUUCACCGCUCUUAUGACAUUUGGUAGAUUCGGGGAGGUUGAACGAGCGUCCUAAGAUUGCAUCACUCUGACCUCCAGCUGUGCUUCAUUGAUAACGUAAAAGCUUCAGGAAGAGAGAAGUGGAGUCACGGGCAAACACGCUUUUUGGGGGGUAUUUUUCCAAACACACACAAACAGAGCUGCCCCACCCGCCUGUUGAAGUGGAGGUGACCUGGCCGGAGGAGAGCGAGGGCGUCGGUCGGCGCAUUCAGCCGCUUUCUCUCUCUCCUGAGGAAACUCCACCCGGUCACACAAGGAAACUGUGUGUCCAUGUGUGAGUGUGUAGUGGCCAGGAACUAGAACAAAAAGGAGACUAAUUUUACACGAGUCGAGCUGCCAGUCCAGAGAAAAGCGAGUAAACUAGAAAUCCCUGAUUCCGUUCAGCUGAUGAUUAAUUUGAUGACAUGGCAUGGAAACGGGUAAAACAGGUGAAACCGGUGAUCCUCUGGAGCGCUUCAACAGCCAAGAAAAACAACUCUAUUUUCAGCUCUGAGAGGACACGGUGUCGGACGAUCGUAAGAGAGAUUAUUAGGUCAGGAAAAAAUAAAAGCAAAGUUCAAUCCUGCAGGAAAUACAACAGCUACACGCAUGACAGAAAAAAAUGAAAACAAAGAGCUCUUUGUUGCUCGCCGUCAUCGUCAGUGUGAUGUCUUUGCACCGUGGAAACAUCCUUUUAUAUACAUGUUGUGGUAUUUACAUGGUACAAACCUCCUGAUGCACAUUCGAACCCCUUCUACCAAACAGAAUCAACUAAGAGAGAGCGUAGACCACUGAGGGAGAACCAUCUGCAUGCAACAUCUGCAGAUCGUUAUGAUAACUAUGCGCCUUGAAGCAUUAAAAAGUGUUUUCUGUUCCUCUUUUUGGAUGACUUUCAUUUCAUAUCGUGUCCCUGCACACCUGACUGUCCCUCCAUCAUGUCUGAAUGCUUCUUGAGAGAGCUGACGGUCCUGUCUAACUGGUGCAGCCGUGUUCAUUGUCUCGCCCGAGUUCUCCGCUCGUCUCUUCGUAGUUUCUUGCCUCUGUGGAGCUUCUGUGAGAGUUUGAAAAUGCUCAGAUCAGGAUCCUGAAUCCUAAUGAAGAUGUGGCAGUGGAGCAGGACGCUGACAAGGCUCUGAUUGUCUCUGUGUGGAGACUGAGACUGAGAGAGAGAGAGAGAGAGAGGGAUGGAGGGGGUGAGAGAGGGCGAGAAAAGACGUGCCAUGAGGACAAAGACAAACAAGACGAGCAUGACACAACAAUGUGAGACCCAGAGCUCCUCUUUCAUAACAAGCCCCACUUUCACAACCUCGCUGCUGUCAUCCUGCCAGAGCCUCUGCGCUGACUCGACUGAAACCUCAGGUCUAAAAGCAGCAGGGUGACGCAGACUGAACACAACUGUACUCACCCUCACAGGGGGGAUCUGUACCACGGAGUAACAUCAGGCCUCCACAGUCUGAGGUGAUGAGUGUUUCCACGGCAGCAUGCCAACGUUUCAGAGCGGUUCUCCACCCAGAAACUGUCUUUAGACUUAAAUCUCCAUAGCUUGAGUUUAUUUUAUUACAUCUCUACAGUACAGCUUCUAUUUCCACCCUGCAAUUACUGUAAUUACUGAUGUACUGUCCUACAUUUACCUGAUGAGUUCAAAAACAAGGCCUGGAUUUCGAUUGAGCAUAUUACCGUAUAACUCAGAAUAUAAGUCGCUCCAGUAUUUAUGAUUUAUGUCUAUUUUAGAGGUUAAAAAAGGUUUGUUCAUAAAUGUGCAGUUUCCAUGCAGAUGUGUAGCUCUCUCUGUUAUUCAGUUGGUAGUUGAGUGCAGCCUGCAGUAGCCUUGAUAGUUGGAGGGUACAGACUGACCCUCUGCUGGUCACUGAUCACCUGAACUUGAGUGGUUGUUUCGAUCAGAGCAGCUCUCCACCAGGUUCAUUUACUAGAAAGCACAGCACCAAAUACAUGAUGGUUAGAAGUGUAAAAAAGUCACCCCUCUUUCGGUUUUUCUGACAAAUUUUUAUGCUGUUUUUAUUUUACUAUUUUUUUUGUCUUCAGUUUUUCAGACAAAUUUUUAUAGUUUUUUUUUGCUAUUUUUUUGUUUCUGUUUUUCAGACAAUUUUUAUUAUUUUUUAUUAAUUUUUUUUUGUUUUUUGUAUCUUUUCGUCUUUCAGUUUUUCAGACAUUUUUAUUUGUUUUUAUUUUUAAUAAUUUUUAUUGUUUUUUUUUAAACUUUUUUUUCUCGCCUUUCUGUUUUUUUGUUCUGUAUUUUUUCUAUUCAAUUUUUUGUCUUUCAGUUUUUCAGACAAUUUUUUUUUCCCUGACUAAGCAAGAUACUUUCAAAUCCUGCGAGAAUCUCAUACAAUCAGAUAACAUUAACCACUGCGGCUGCUCCAAAUCAGCGGACUCUCCAGCUCUUAGAUAACUCCGACUACUGGGUCAAUGAGAGUAAAGCAUGUAAUUAGUCAAACAUAGGGUAUGCAAAUCCUGAGGUGCCUGCGCAAAGUAAAACUUGAAUAAACCAAACAAGUGGGCCAUGUGUGCUUCUGAUAAAUUGGGCAGAGGAGGAUGAAAGUGUCUGUUUUUAAAUUAUCAUGAUUUCAGAGAAUUGGAAAAACAAUUAGUCUGAAAAACAAAACAAAACAAAAUAGUCUGAAAAACAGAAAGAAAAUGACUGAAAAACUUUUUCUUUCUUUGGUGAAUGCAAUACACCUCUGUAAAGAACCGCUAAAAGACUGAACCUUCAAGCUUUAAUCACAGUUAACUUUAAGCCCUCAGGGUUCAGGUUAUCCCAGUCGUUUUUUUUUUUUAGAUUGAACAUCUUUUAAUCCCUUUAACAUGCAGCUUUUUACACAGGCAGGCACUCAACCUCAGCCGGUACAAUAGAGAGUUACAUCAGAUCCUGUGCAGCCUUUAAAAAAAGUUCACUUAUUCACUCGGGCUGAAUGUCUCUUUAAUUAAAUGACCGUGAGAGAAAUCCAGAUAAUUUGUUCUGUGGUGAACGGCUCCUUUUUAAGUCUCCUGUUCGUUACACAAGCUUUACACAAACAAGACACAAGAAAUUCAGCUUCUGUUCAAAAUCUGUUUGUAUAGCAGCGUUACUGUAUGGGAUCCAGUCUGUGAUCAGAGGAGUUGAAUCAGGGUAGUAUUGAUGAGGAUAUAUCUCUCAGCAGCAUCAUUGUAGUUCACCUGUAAAACAUUAAAAUGCUGUUUUAGUCCUGCUCAGACUUUUACUUUUGCUGCUUUUACAGGAGAGAAAACAAAAACUUCUGUUCCAGCUGUCGAGGUACUGAAACGUAAAAGAGGUACGGGUUAUUGUGGCUCGUUCUUGGGUUGUUAUCUUUAGACCUCAAGUCCGGUUCUGCAUCGACGACCGUCCAAACCACAAAUGCAAAAUAACCACAUGACUUUCCUCUCAGUGUCUCUCAAACAGAGGGCGUACGAACAGUGAGUUCAGUUUCAGGGCUCACUUCAUGUUCACUGAGAGGGUUUCUGGAGUUGUUCUGGUGUCUGCACCGACCGUUUGUUUGAGGGGUGAUAUCAGCCGGCAGGUUGAGAUGUGCUCCUGAGCAACACGACGGGUCGCCAUGGAGACGCUGCUGCUCACCGGCUCGAGGAGAACAGUUCCCCUCCACAGAACCGAAUGUUGCUUUUCAAGAGCCGUCCUCAGAUCUGCUCUGGAAUUUGAACCCUGGUCUUUGUUGUAUUAACUACAUGUGUGUAUGGAAGCCCAUUUUGGACAAUGUUAGAAUGAUUUGGAGAGUUGACGCACAUUGUCAUUAUUUUAAAGCUCCUGUGAGGAACUUUUGGUUUGUGCAAACUGAAGUGCGUCUCUUGUGCUUCAGAAAUUGUUCAUAUUUUCCAUCAGACGUUUUAUUUUUUCCACUUUUCCACUUAUAAACUGUUCCGCUAACUUUAAAACAAACAAAAAAAACAACAAACAGUUGUGCCAUUGACUCACCCGGGCUGCUGUUCUGCUUUGACUCAGGUGACGGACAACUUUGACCGUCAGGACUUCAACAAGAUGUGCUGGACGCUGUGCUCCAGGAAAAACCUGGACCAGAGCCAGCUGUUCAUCACCAACGACGACGCCUUCAAAGUCUGGUGCAUCUUCAACUUCCUGUCCGAGGACAGAUACCCGCUGACCAUCGUCACUGAGGAGGUGAGUGUUUGGAUUAUUCUGUGGAUUAUAUCUGAUGCUGUGUCGUCGGGUCAUCUCCUGAUGGGGGUCAUUUGGGAAAGAGAGGUUACAAAGUGCUCCACGAAAUAAUGAAUUUUGGUGGUUUUUGCUUUUACUCUGAGAGGAAAGCUUGAGAGAGACAAACAGGUGAAGUCAGAGAGAGAGACUACAGCUCUGUACAUGGGGCGCCUGAUCCACCUGCUGAACUAAACUGACGCCCCUGAGACAUACAUGUUAAAGUCGUCUGCUUCAGUGUUGCAGUAAACAGCUCGACUGAAAUAAUCGCCCGAUCUGUGAGCGGAAAAUUUGAGCAAAAAAGGAAAUAAACAAGUCAGAAUCAGAUGGAGAAUUUGGUGUCAACACUCGCACGAUUUCGUCUCCAGUUUGAUGCCGAUCUGGACUCGUUUGUUUACAUAAAACCUUCAGCGUAUCAGAAAGAGAAGACACUGAUGUUGUAGUUUUUGAGAGGACAGCUGACCUCUAAGUUGUAUUUCUGGUGUUUUAGUGAUUAUUGAACAUGCUGGUGAAACUUCUCAUUUAAUCUGCAUUAAGAUUUAAGUGGUUUCUUGAAAACAGAGGAAGUUAUUACAGGAUUUUAAAGCAAAUUUCCCCCUUUUAGUAAAAAUGCAUUCAUUGUAUACGUUUACACAGUAUACACAACUGUGUCUGAGUCGUCCCGGUGUCUAUGUGAAACCUCGCUGCUACUGUAACCGGCCAUAUGAAAGAGUGUCUGUUACUCAAGAGCAGAAAAGGAAGUUUCCAGCUUCCUGUUCUUUAACAAACGCUGGAAGAUUUAUUGUUGGGGUUUGACAAACAUUCGGGCUGAAUCACAGGAAGGCUGUUUGCAAAAGACGUGAAAUAUUUCUCAGUAGUAGAAACACACGGGUCAUCUUUAGCGUUACAGAUCGAAUAAAUCCAGCUGUUUUCUGUUCCUCUGUUAUCAGACUGUGACACGCUCUUAUGUUUAUCUACGCACAGAUCGAGUACUUCCUCCGUAAGCUGACGGAGGCCAUGGGGGGCAGCUGGGUGGAGGAGCGUUUCGAGGACUACAAGCUGCAGCUGAACUCCAAGCAGCAGAGCCUGAACGCCUGGGACUUCAUCAGGCUGGUGGGGUCGGGUCACUUCAGCAAAGGCAUGGACCGCCAGACGCUCUCCAUGGGCAUCAACGAGGUCUACCAGGAGCUGAUCCUGGACGUGCUCAAACAGGUGGGAAACUGAUCCUUUAAGAAACAGUUUCCCCUUAAAAUCAACCCCUAAAACCUCCUCCUACUGGUCUCUGCAGGGGUCUCUUUAAUCAAACACACAAAAAGACUGAAUGUAAGAAAGAUCGAAUCAUGUGAAAAAAGAGGAAGAGGAUCUGUGGCCUCUUCACUGCGUAGAACUUUUGUCUGGGUCUCCAAAUCCUGAUGCAUCUUUUCCACCUUGUUGUCUGAGAGCUUUUAAAACCCAUAAAUGAGUCACUGUGUUGUUUUUGGUGACAUGAACACACACUGCAGAUGAUGAUUCAGACUCUUCACACCUACCGACUUAGUUUAGCGACACACCUUUCAAAAAGUCACGCAAAAACACACUUUUUUUCCCUCCUGCGUGACUUUUAUUUGCUACGAAUCUGCACCACUGUUCAGAUUUUUAUGAUUUAUUUCCACUCAGAAAGAUAAACACGACUUUACUCUCUCAGAAACUACAGGAUUUACAACUGCAGCUAAACAGUUUAUUUAUCCUGAGAAGAUAAUAGUGUCAAAUAAAACUGUCAGUAGAGGAAAUCUAUAUUUGAGCAGCUCUCUCUAACAUGCAUAAAAAAGGAAGUGAAAACAAGCGGGGAUGUUUGUAUUUUCAUGUGAAAUAUCGAGUGUAUUCUCUGCAGUCAAUGAUUCAUAAAAAUGGGAAAGAAAACCAGCAAAAACACUCAUUUAAAAACUAGUUGAAGAAAUGAUCCAAAAAUCGAACUAUCACGAUCAAACAGCUUCAAACCGGAUGGAUGGUGUUCUUGUUUCCUGCAGGGCUACAUGAUGAAGAAAGGUCACAAGAGGAAGAACUGGACGGAGCGCUGGUUCAUGUUAAAGCCGUACACCAUCUCGUACUACGUCGGCGAGGACCUGGCGGAAAAAAAAGGAGACAUCAUACUGGACGGAAACUGCCUCGUGGAGGUAAGAGCCUGAAAAUUAAGAGAGGGAAUUAUUACGGUGAAGGUUCAUGGUGAAGGUUUUUGUUGCUUUGCUCCAAAUAUGAGAGUUUGCAGGUCUUAUUUGUCUUCUGCUGCAGCCUUUACAGGACAAAGAGGGAAAGAAGUGUCUCUUCAUCAUCAAGUCGUCAUACAAAAGUUUUGAAAUCAGCGCCUCAGACAAGAAGAAGAAGCAGGAGUGGAUCCAGGGUGAGUGGCAGCAGUUUCCUCACAGAAUCACUUCAACAUCAGCGAUGAAAAUUACUCCAAAACUCUUUGACACGUCUCCUCCGUGUUUCCCUUCAGCUAUUCAGACCUGUGUGAGUCUGCUGCGUCAGGGCCGGCCCGCCCCGCACCGCGAGGCUCGACAGAAGCGUCGGGAUCUGCGGCUGAAGCAGCAGGCCGAGCAGGAGGAGCUGGAGCUGAGGAUGAGGGAGCUGCAGACGGCCAACGAGGCCAAACAGCAAGAGCUGGAGAACAUGAGGAAGGUGAGGAGGAUGAAACGUUCCCGUGUGAAAUCCAGUCUAGUCAGGAAACGUCUGGUACAUUGCCAGUUCCUUUCUAAGUAGUAUCCUGGAGUCAAAAUAGCUCAUGUGGAAGCGUUUCUUUGACACGAGAAGGGCAGGAGCGGUCCAGGAUGACAGAAGAAAUCCAGGCAUCAGUUUUCAAGAAGAAAAAGUGAGAGAAAGGCGGCAAAACAAAAAGGGAAAACAGCUGCGAUUAAAAGACUCCAAAGAGAGAAACAUUUCUGCAAAAACCCAAACAAAGAUAACACUCUGCUCUGUAGGAAAACAAAAACCAGUUCUGUCUGUGUGAAGUCAAGUAGAGGAGAAGAUAAAGAUUAAUAAGACACAAAAACUAGCAGUGAGCAGCUGGUUAAAGUUAGUGUGUAUGAGGAUAUGGAUUACAUUUCAAACAAACAGAUCAGUAAAAAAGAAAAGAGCAGGAAGUAAUUCACUGGAAUUUGUUGGUGAAAUGAAGCUGAAGGGGAUUUCCCCGGGGAGAUUUCAAAGUGUUAUACACUAAAAAAAGAAAAAUUAAAGAGCUGAAAGCAAACAGUUUGAACUAUUCUUAGUCGGAAAACAGGGCAGCUGUUGUUUGUCCAGAUCAAACGUUUCAGCAGAAGUCAUUCCCUGAUCAUCUUUUCAGAUGCGUUUUCUUUUAACAGCUCUCUGAGGUGGUUUUUAGAUUCACACAUGAAGUCACGUUUACAGCUGAGUCAGGACAAAAACGUGUCUGCGGUUCUCCAACGUGAGAAUUUCCUCAAAAAACUCACAAGAUCUCUUUUCAACUGUAGUACUCAAAGUUAUUUCAUACUCUGUCCCUCCUGGUUGUGAUCGAUCCAGGAGGGCGAAGAGUCCGAGAUCUUUAGAGGCGCUGGGAGGAGUCAGGAUCAGUGAAGAUGGUCAAAACCAGCUCAGAGUUACUCAACGAUUCAAUGAACUCAGAUAACUGCAAACCUGAGACUCACAUGAGAAGUGAAAGUAGCCGAUGAGAAGUCACAUCAUCAAUUUACUAAUUUUGGAGUCAGAAGAGACCAAAGUGAGACAGAAGGGUGGACAUGUGCUGCUUCUCUUCUUUCCUGGUGAAUAAAAAAGCUGUUUUCACACUCAGAGGUGGGAAAGGACAUGAUAGGUUUGCUCUGGAUCUAAUCUAGAUCAUGUAUUAAGCUAAAUUUGAAGUUAGUAGGCGAACCUUUGCACCCAAAACAGUUAGAGGAAGCGUAAAAGAGUCAAUAAACGAAGUAAAAAGAGGUGUCUUCUUCAGUGUAAUUUGACUUCCUUGUAAAUCAAAUGUAGUCGCCCUCUGCUGGUCAUUAGGAAGAACAGAGGUGUUGGGCAGUGAUAGUCCAGUCUCACAGUUCAUCCUGUAAAGGUUUCAAUUGUUUCCUGCAGCAGCUGGCGUGUGAUGUUGGCGUGUGAAGUUGGUGUGUGGCGCCCACUCUCCCUUCAGAUGUAUUUCAGGGGCAGAAAAUGAGAAGUGGUGAGAUGAGAUCAUUACUUAAACCCUCGGUUUGGUCCUGCAGGUGGAUGCUUAGAGGCCGCAAGUGUGGCAGGGCGGGGGGGGUAGAGAGACCGGAAAUCCUCCAGCUGUAAAUGCAAACGCCAAAUUUGGAGGGUACUUUUGUCGGGAGGUUGUGAGGCUGAUAUUUAACAAGUGUGAAAUCAGUGCAGCUGAAGCCGUCUGCCUGGAUUACAUUCAAUAGUCGUGCAAUUUUAAAAGACUUUGUUUAGAGGAGAAACCUGCGGAUGUGCUUGUUUGAAAGGAGGAACUAUGUCCAGUAAAAAGUUCAGAUCAAUAAAUAAUUUGUACGGUUUGAGUCAGCGGAGAUGAGAUCAUCACAAAGCAGCUGAAAAUAAAAGUCUCUCAACAUUCACACCUUUAAGUCGCACCUUUAAAAUAGGUCAGAGUGAAGACCAGGCGCCUUAUGACUGCCAGUACACCUCGUAUAAAUGACAAAGUAAUUUUAUGGUGACUUGUUGCUGGUUUUAAAUCACACUCCGGCUCUUGCUGCUGGUUUCCCACAACAAUCAAAGUGGGUCACCAAAAACUGUGGUGGCUCUCCUCUGAAACUGGGCAGCCAGCUCAUGAAUACCCAUAAUAGCUCGGCUCCGCCCCGCAGCCUCUGAAUGAUGAAUAGUCUGUCACUCGCUGCCAAACAGAGGAAUGUGUAUUGAAGCGGGGAGGAGGGCAGAGAGGAGGCAUGAGUCUCCAUUCAACAUGUUUUUCCAGUAAGUCUCCCUCAACCUGACUCACACUGUCUGCUCUCGCUGCUGCUGCUGCUGCUGUUGAACCCGUGGUGUUAAAUUUAGUGAGUGUGUGGAUUCCACAAAUACCGAUGACGAAUAGCUGUUUCCUGUUAAUAUGGUAAACGGGGUUAAUAAGACGUGUCAUCUGCCUGGAGAGCGAUCAGAGCAGCAACAAUAAAAUAAUCUGAAAAUCACAAAUCUUUAUCUUGAUUAUUUCCAACAUUUAUGUUCAUCAUUUGCUGGUUUCAGUGUCUUUAAAGCUCCUUUUAGAAGUUUUUUCACAUUCAUUAGAUGGACUGAAAUGAAUACUAAUAGACCAUCAGUGACCAGACUCUAACUUUUUAAUGCAAAGGGGAGUGGGUGUCAGUCACAGGAGCUUUAAUAUAAGGAAGUUCUACUUAAUCAGAAACUGAGCAGGUGUUUGAAAAAGUAAAUAUUGAUCUUUGUGAUAAGUUCUGUAAUUUUCAAGGAUUCAAGGUCAUACCCCACACUUUUGACAGUCUGUGGUAGGAAAAUUAGUGCCCAGGUCCAUUUACAAGCCAAGAGUCAAAGUACAAUACAAUAAAUAAAUAAAAAUAUAAAACAAUAGCUAAGAUACAGUACAAUAAAGAGCAAAAUGUAAUGUUGUGAAACCAGCUACAAAAUUAUUAACUAACUAACUAAUGAUAAUCUGUGGCCACUUUUUUUGCACCUUGACAUAAAUAUAAAUUAAAAACUGAUUGAUUUUAAAGACAUUUAAAGGUUUAGCUGCAUCGUCAGGAAGGUUUUGAAAUAUUGAUUAAAUUGAUGAUAAAAAAUAAAAUAUUUUAACAGCCAGCAGGGGGCGACUUCACUGGAUUUUAACCUGUGAAUCAGAAUGUUUGCACUACUACUCCUGAUUUAUGGUCUCCAUCUCAUAGACUGUAUGUAGAAUGGACGCCGUCUGCCUCCUUGCUGGGUGAGAACAGCACCCUCUGGUGACAGGCUGCAGUAUAGGUCAUAAAUCCCGCCUCCUCCAGCAAUCCCUAUGGAGUUGUGAACAAACUUUAGAAAUUUAUUACACAGAAUCUAAAUUUUUCUCCCCCCUGGUUGCGAUGUUGACAUGUAGUUACUGUCGGACCUGUCCUCUUUUUUCUGUACAGCUCCAGUUUUAAAAGUUAUUAGGGGUUCAGGUUUCCUUGAUUGACACUUGAUACAGCCGUAUAAUGGCGGAAGGCGGAGCCAAAUUGUCCAUAAUAUAUACAGUCUAUGCUCCAUCUCCAUUUUGAGGUCUUUACAGAAACUUGUCGCUCACUUUAAUGUUUUAUUUAGUGUUAAACAGAUGAUACUGCUGAGGUUGUUUUCGGUGGUACCCUCUUAGAAUGAUAGGAUGUAGACACUGUGGAUGAUUCUCCUCCAAAUCAGAAGAUCUCAGAGCUUCUCCGCUGUAGACUUUUAAAAGGAGAGCACUUUAGCUAACCAGCAUUACCUUCAGUAGAGCAGAGCAGCUCUCGUCAUGGCCUUGACUCUGUCUGGUCUAUUUAUAUCGCUGCUGACAUUCAUUUAAAACGCUUCAUUUCAGAAGAUGACAGAGUUUUAAUCAGUCCCAAUCUCCUUUGUGUGCUCGGUAUGCUUCAGAUGUGCUCAGUCUCAUACUCAGCUUUUAUAAAUAACAGUUACUUUGUUUGCUAGCGGCGCAUGACAGGGACUUUUUGGGGACGUUAGCGCGAAACCUUUUGACUCUUCGUCCACUUGAACAGGCAGCACUUUAUUUACUUCAUGUUUCAUUCAUAUCUGAAUAUUUGCUUCAGACAUGAGUGGUUCAGAAGAAUUUUCUACCAUUUAACUGAACCAAAAACACGAAACAGUCGGUCAAACUGGUUCACAUCACUGUUGUGUAACACACACUGCAGAAGAGAACAACAGUUUGUCUCCGUUUGUACCACACACUGCGUUCCCAUGAAUGCACAACAAUCUACCAUUGAGGUGACGCGCAUCUCGCGCAUAGAUGGCUGAAUGAAUACACAAUGAACACACACGUACGGCCACAAGUUUGUGUGCACGGGUUUGGCUUCUUUCUCUUUCUCAAACACUCAAACACAGACCCACAAAUAUGCAGUAGGAACUCUGGCUCUCACACUUUGUCGCUAAAAGUAGAAGACUGUCACAAUCUUGAGCCUGUUCUCAGCUGGGUGACAGUAGUAACACGGUCACUGCUCCUGCUAAACUCUCCUCACAGAUGCUUGAUCUGAGUCGGCGUUUCUGCUCAGAUGUAAAUACAACAGGAGAAAAAUGUGCUGGCUGCUCUGGAUGGCACACAGGAGAAGAAGAAGUGGCUGAAAACAGAAGCAUUUUCUCACAUUAUCUCUGGCCAGUUGGGAGGGUUUGAGCAAUAGUUACUUUUUUGCAGUAUUAUGACUACAGCAGGGGAGUUUCUGCAAUAACAGAUAAAGUUUGAAAAACAGGCGAGCAGAGAGAUGAUGAAGCAACAACACUGUGUGCAGUGAGUUUAUACAUUCAGGAGAGAGUCCACCUGCUUUUUUUUCACAUGUAGCCCCUUUUUAAUAGGAUUCAGUGCAAGAGUUACUUUCUUAAAGGUACAGUUUGAAGAAUUUAGUAACAUUUAGCCAAACAGGCCGGUAGAAAGGAGUGUAGUAUUCUUGAAUUAGUGUAAAAUCACAUGAAUGUGAAAGCUGGUUUGUAAGAAUGAGACUUUGAUAUCUUACAAAGAGGUUGCCAUCUUGUACCGCCAUGUUUCUGCACAGAAUGAUUAAUUUAGUUACGUAAAUGGCUUGGCGAUAUGGGAAUUUUUUUUCAUAUCAGUCAAUAUCGAUAUAUAUCACGAUAUAAAAAUGAAAUUGAACAGUGCUUAUUGGUUGCGUGGUAGCAUAUCAAUAAGCUUCUGCAUCUGUGAGGUCUUAAGGUCCUUACACGCCGGGAACGACGCAAAUAAAAGACGCAAAAUUACGAAAUAUUCGGAGGUAAAUUGUGACGCGCCUGACUAUAUACAUCAAGCCCGAUGCGAUUUUGUGACUUUCUGGGGGAAAAAAGACACGUCCCUGGUGGAAGCAAGAAGACUGACACAACAGCGGACUGAGUGUUUUCAAUUCUGAUUAGACAUUAGUGUUGAGAUGGCUGUCUGUCAUGAUACUGUACUGGAUACUGUCAUGUACUGGGUCGGGGCCAAUAGGUAACAACUGAGACCUAAUGGUGCUGUGACAGCAAUGCGAUUGAGUUUGCAAAAGAAAAGAAAAAAAGAAAAAGAUUUGAGGUAUUCCGUGACUUUGCGAGGUUCAGCGUGAAGCUGAUAUCGUUAUCGUCUUGUCGCCCAGCCCUAGUUACAUAUGCAUUUUUGUAUUUCGUGUGUGAGCUGGAAAGGCAUGAGUUGGAAGAGGGAGAGGAGAGUGGUUUGAAAUGCACAGAAGGAUUUGUAUUAAUAGACAUUUUGGAUGGUAAAAACUCGGCGAAUAGAGGAUCUUACUUAAUAUGCAUCACAGGAGCUUCUUGACCUCGAAGGCUGUUGACAGACUGUGUACAUAUUUCAUCAUAUUUCAUUACUUAUGACCAGUAAACUCAGAGCAACCUUUCAGUGUGAUCAGACUCAAAUGUUCGUCUCACUGGGAGUCAAAACCGUGUCUGUCUUUUGUCCAGGCUCUGGAGGAGGCAGCGGCUAGUGCGGCAGAAGAGGAAAGACGGCGUCUUCAGACCCAAACUGAACUCCAAGACCGUUACAAAAUGGACCUGGAGAGGGAGAAAAUGGUACGUUACUGCUUGUCAUCAUGUCGUUACAUCAGAUCAAGCUGUGAAGCAAGAGCAGCGUACACUCCACUUCCUCUUUGGAGCAGACGGUUUGAUGUUAAAGCAAGUUAGUAAUUUAAGUACACCAAUCAUCCAAAACAAUAUGACGAUCAUUUUGACCUUUAGGAUGAUGUGUAGACAUCAUAAAGACAUCAGUAACUUUGACAUACUCUUAGAUACUUUAGCACACUUUCAGAGGUCCAAGGGAGUGCAUGUCACAUCGGGUCAGGUCUGUUUUUGUCCUUGAGUUGUAAAAUUCUUCCAUCUUGGGAUCAACAGGUUCGUCAGCAGAUGGAGGAGCAGGUGGCCCAGAAGUCCACCGAGCUGGAGCAGUACCUGCAGCGGGUUCGAGAGCUAGAGGACAUGUACAGUCAGCUGGAGGACGCUCUGGAGGAUGAGAGGCACGCCAGACAGGACGAGGAGGCUGUUCGCAAGCUGCAGGCACGGUGAGUCAAUGUGAACAAAAAAACACAAACACAUAUCAGAAGGAUGAAUAGAAUCCAUCACAGCAUCUGUGUGAUUAUCGGCUGACAGAUACCUCAUAUAUAUCCCGCCGUAUGAGCCCAAAGAAGCGUUUCAGCAGCAGUAAACAGUGAGUUAAUUAAGAGGAUCAAGGCCCAACUUCUGUUUUUAGCCAGUUAUUGUUGUUCCCCUCAGACAUGAAACAGGUGACUCCUCUGUUCAAAGUCAAACAGACAGUUUAUGGGAAUCCUGAAACACAAACCAGCCGCAAAACCCCAAUCAGGCUGAAUCUGCUCCUCUUUUUGUAGUAGUCACACAGCCAGACAUUCAGCGUCUACUUCCUCCUCUCUGCCAUGUUUCCCCCUCGUUCUUCCUUCCUCUCUGCUGACACAUGCUUUCCACCUCACAUUAAACUAACCAGUAGUGAGUUCAUCAGCACACUCGUACUGACCACGAGGCUUUUAUUAAACUCUUAUAAAGACAGCUGUCAGCUCUGUACCUCUGUUUAUUAGAGCCUGAGCUGAUGCUGUAAGCAGCAGGCGAGAGCCCUAAAAUAAUUACAGGAAUUCUUUAUUAUUAUCAUUUAAAAAUUGUUAACUUAAAAACCCUCUAGACAGGCUCAAAAACUCAGGCGUGGCAGGCGUGUCGGGCUAAGCAAAAAUUAAUUUUGCUGUGCCCCUAUUUAUAUGAAAAAAAAAAAAAAGACUCACGAGUGCACCCUACAGUUUUCAUGUUUAGGGAGUUUCCUGUAAAACUUCCCAUAAUCUGGUUUCACCUCCACCUCCACAUUUUUAUCAUACUUGACCAUGAUAUUUGUAUCAUACUAUACUAUAAUAUUUUAUCACACUAUACUAUGACAUUUUUAUCAUACUUAACUUUGAUUUUUUUAAUCAUACUUGACCAUGAUAUCUUUAUUAUACUAUACUAUGAUUUUUUAACACACUAUACUAUAUUUUUCACAUUAAAAUAUGAUGUUUCUAUCAUAUUUAACUAUGAAAUUUUUAUUAACUAUACUGAUAUUUUAACAUACUAUACUAGGAUAUUUUUAUCAUACUUAGCUAUGAUUUUUUUUCAUACUAGAAUGAUAUUUGUAUCACACAAUACUACUGAUAUUUUAGUACUAUUACAUGAAAAGAAAUGGGGAUGACACGGUUAACUCCAACUAUAAUGAUUUAUUACAAAGUAAAUGUUUUAGCAACAAAAUGGAUGAGUUGUGUGCGUCAGUUAGUCAAUAUGUCUGUUGUUGGGUAAGUGAAAGGUGUGUGUGUGUGUGUGUGUGUGUGUGUGUGUGUGUGUGUGUGUGCAGCAUGUUGUCAGGUGUUAAACUAAAGUCCAAAGGAGGCAGAAGCCAACUAAACAAAAUCACUGUCAGCUUGACCUCUGUGUUUUCUUAAUCUUGUCUCUAAUGUGUAUGAGAUGAGCUUUUAUCGUGUUAUUGAUCAUUCCUUCUGCCUUUAAAAACUGAUUAAGUUUUGUAGUAUCUAGUGUCUUUGAUUUAAAAAGUAUAUCAUCAAUGAAAAUGUCAUAAAGCUGGAAGAGCAAUCUAUAUUUACACACUUUAAUUCUCAAACUACUCUAGAGCACCACCUGCUGGCAGGUGGACCCUUCACAUAUAUCUACUGUCAUCAGAACAUUAAUUACCCCCUCGAUCAAUAAUUCAGGAUUUAAAUAAUAGAGUUGACAUGGUUCUGUGUCUGUCAGGUUACUGGAGGAGGAGGCUGCGAAGAGAGCAGAGCUGGAGCAGAUCCACCUGAAGCAGCAGCGCGCCAUCUCAGAGACGGAGGCGGAGAAACAGGAGCUGGAGAAGGAACGUCUGGCCAAAGAGAGCGCUCUGCAGGCCGCCAUGAAACAACUGGAGCAGCUGGAGCAAGAGAGGCAGGGGGCGCUGGAGCAGUACCAGGUCAGCUGGGGGGAGUCAUAGAAGUAACUGUGAGACAGUAUAUUUUCACACCACACGGUGUCGCUGUAUGACUGUUCAAUGAUCAAACUGUUGAUGCUUCUUCCCACAAACCAGACGGUGAUGCAGAAGCUGACAGAUGCGACAAACAACACAAGGACCUGGAAGCACAAGGUGGCUGAACACGAGGGCAUGUUACGGCUCAUUCAACCAGGUAACAGUUUCACACAGAGUGGUCCUCACAAGGAUAGAAGUGCCAACAGGAAGUGGUCAGAGAGGUCGAUUUGGGGAGUCGGGACGCUGUUUCCAGCAGUUUAGAGAGUGUUUUAGUGCUUCAGCGAUGGUUUAAGUUAAAGUUAGGCAGGCCUUCAUCGAUGAUUUUUAAGAUGCUCCACCACUGUAAUGUUUUGAACACAGAGGGAGGAAACAAGGACAAAAAAAUAAAACAGUUUCUAAAAGAUGAGGAACAAGUAGUUAAAGAGUCUUGAUAAUGAUUUAUUGUCCACUUACUUCAAAAAAAAGAAAAGAGGUGUAAGUCAUAGAUAAUUAACCUCCUACCAUCUGUUCACUUUAAUACAUACCUGAAAUUAAGAGCUUCCUAACAAACCGGUCCUGCUCAGACCUUUUCUCCAGAGCCCUUCAAACUGACUCCUGCCAUAAACAGACGUAACAUGGCCGUCCUCCAACUCAUUUCCCAGAAGAGUUUGUUUGUAAAAUUAGUAAAAGGAGACACAAUUUGGCACUUUGCUCUCUCAGUUCAGUGUGUACAGCCUUCUCAGGCAAAGCAGGUCGCAGCCAAACGGGGGGGCAAAAGACAACAAUGAGAUAAAUACCACAGAUUCUUUUGGUUGGAGGCUUCGUAAUGAUAAUGUUGUUUACGACACAGAGAGAUGAUGGUAAUAGAUUUAAUAUCUUUCUUUCCUAACUCUUGAGGUGAAAGAAUUUUACGAAAGCCAAAAAGAUUUAACAGCUCAUCUGAUACGAAUCAAAGUAGAGUCAGUCCGUACCAAAGAACCGUGACUCAGUAUUAUCUGGAAUAUGGAGUCAGUUAUCAGAAGACGGGAUUAUUCUUGCUGUUAACAGGAAAUAAGGGCGAGCUGCAUUACUAUAAAGAUCUCUGUCAACUUCAUAAAUCCACUAAAUCUGUAACUUAAUAUAAGAGAUUCAUUCACAGCAGACUUGGAGUCAAAAGUCUCUGAUUUUUUCCCCUCCAGGUUCAAAAGGACCACAGAUGAUCACUAACUGGGGCCCGGCAGCCUUUUCUGAGGGCGAGCUCAGUCUGAGGGAGAAGAAAUGGCAGGAGAUGAAGAACCAGGCCCAGUAGAGAGCCUCAAACAAGCCCUGAAACAUGAACACGAGAGAAGAGACCAGAGGACUGCUUGGAAAUACUGGAUAUAAACUGGAUUUUCAGUGGGAUUCAAGUGCAAGAUCAAUCACCUUUAUGCCUUUAGAGCUGCCGAUUAGGAACCAGUGUCUGAAAUCGUACAACACCACGUUGAAGGAGCGGGACACAGACUCGGACACAUCAUGAGGAUAAAUGUCACUAGUCGUAACAAAAAUACUAAGAGAAGAAUUAAUAUGACUUUGUUGUCGACAGUUUUGUUUGUUUUUGUUGUGUUAUAAAUAGUUGUGGAUUUUUCAUGAUCAACUAAAAAACGUUAAAAACGUUUAAAACAAGAACAAGUUCAUCCAGGGGUCAGACCUGCGCAGGAAGUAAAAUUAACUUUAAAGAGUCAAAACUAACACAGAGUAUGAAGGUCAGUUUGGGGCUGCCUUUACAGAAGAGGAACUUAAAAUGAAGGUAGAGGUAAAUCACAGGGUAGCUACAACCUGAAGUCUACCUGUUUGAUCAUGUGUUUGACUCCCCGGUGUUUCAAUUAUCUUCAGGAUUAAAGUCAUGCUGAGGAAGACUUUAAUGACUAAGACCAUAAACUUUAGAGCAACCCUUAACUGGGAUCAAUUAAUCUUGAUUUAUACUUCUUUAGGUCAUAUUUACAUCCGGUUUCAUACGAUUGCACUAUUCAUAAGACGUCUCCCCCUGUUGGCCGUUAUGGAGAAUGCAGGUUUUAAUUGGAUAAAACCUCAAAGCUACAGUAAAACGAACAGAAAUCUGUCCAUUUGAUGAUUUGUGACGUAGUAAUGAAUGAACUCUUUGUGAAUUGUCAUCUCUGAAAAGCACUACUCCCCACCGUCAGGCUGUUAUAAAAUUAAGAUUUGCUGAAGCUUAACUUUUCUGUCUUGUGUCUGUUUUCCUCUUGACUCUCUGGAAUCAUUUCAUUUAUAAAGAUGAGGGAUUUUUGUACAUAUUUUUUAACCGUUCUUCUUCUGUCACAGUUUUUUUCUUUGCUUGCUGAAGUAAAACUGUUUGGAGGCAUUCCCGGUUGAACCUGAGGGCGACAUUUUAAAUUAAAGUCAAUGACGUUUAACGAAGAUAUCUAAUAAAAUAAGAACUACAUGUUUAUAUUGAAUUAUGGUUGACAUAAUCUUUCAUCAGUCGUAUAAUUUCCAGUUUGUCUGAACUAGGUUUGUCUCUAUCUAAAGAUCUGGCUCUUUCACUGUUUCCUUCCUGUCAAGUUUGAUGUAGGGCGUCUGACUUCAGUCUCACCAACAACAACAACAAAAACUAACUGCAGAACAUUUGUACUGUGUUGUAAUGUAACCACUGGUGCCUUUCUACUGUCAUGAGUAAAAUGUGAUUUUUAUUUUAUGUUUUUAUAAAUAUGUAAAAAGCUGAAGACUGAACUAUGUAAUAAAACCUGACUUAAACAACUGCCUCCCA